UGCUGUUGACCCUGUAACCCUAAGGACGAAAUAGCUGGCUAAACUCAUUCUUGGUACAGGUGGACACCAUGUCCUUGAAGAUUCAGACCAGCAAUGUAACCAACAAGAAUGACCCCAAGUCCAUCAACUCUCGGGUCUUCAUUGGGAACCUAAACACAGCUGUGGUAAAGAAGUCAGAUGUGGAAACCAUCUUUUCCAAAUAUGGCCGUGUGGCCGGCUGUUCUGUGCACAAAGGCUAUGCCUUUGUCCAGUAUGCCAAUGAGCGCCAUGCCCGGGCAGCUGUGCUGGGAGAGAAUGGACGGGUGCUGGCUGGACAGACUCUGGAUAUCAACAUGGCUGGAGAGCCCAAGCCCAAUAGACCCAAGGGGCUAAAGAGAGCAGCGACUGCCAUAUACAGUGGCUACAGCUUUGACUAUGAUUACUAUCAAGACUACUUCUAUGCCAGGCUGUUUGAUUACCGAGGCCGCCUUUCUCCAGUGCCUGUGCCCAGGGCAGUCCCAGUGAAGAGACCCCGUGUCACGGUCCCUUUGGUUCGCCGUGUCAAAACUACAAUACCUGUCAAGCUCUUUGCCCGUUCCACAGCCAUCACUACUGGCUCAGCCAAGAUCAAGUUAAAGAGCAGCGAGCUACAGACCAUCAAAACAGAGCUGACACAGAUCAAGUCCAACAUCGAUGCCCUGUUGGGUCGCUUGGAACAGAUUGCUGAGGAGCAAAAGGCCAACCCAGAUGGCAAGAAGAAGGGUGACAGCAGCAGCAGCGGUGGAGGAGGUGGCAGCAGCGGUGGAGGCACCAGUGGCAGUGCUGGUGGUAGUGGUGGCAACAGUGGCAGCGGUGGCGGCAGUGGCAGCAGCCGGCCACCGGCUCCCCACGAAGACACAGCCUCUGAGGCAGGCACACCCCAAGGAGAAGUCCAAACUCGAGAUGAUGGUGAUGAGGAGGGACUGCUAACACAUAGUGAGGAGGAACUGGAGCACAGCCAGGACACAGAUGCAGAAGAUGGGGCCUUGCAGUAAGCAGGAGAAAUGGCCACCAGCAGAAGGGCAUCACUGUCUCAGGCCUCAAGCCAGGCACUCAUUUCUGGAUGCCAGUUUGUAGCGGGUACCAGAGGAAAGCUGACAGCAAGCACUCUUCCCCAUGCAUCCCAGCCAGUGAGUGCUACAUCCUUUGCAAGUGGAGUUACUGGCCUACCCUUACCCCAUGCACUCUUCCUGUCUGCACUGCCUGGGCCCAAGGGCAGAAUACAUUCUGUCCUUCCCCAGGGCAUUCCUAGGCUUGGGGUUUUCUAUAGGUUUGAAAGUAGGGGGGUUGGGAUGGGUGGGGGGCAACUGACAAUAAAGAGAUUGG